CUUCUCUUGUACAACGCACCCUCACCGUCCCGUUCACCACCUCCCGCUCCUUCCGUAGUUAUCUCAGCGCUUCGUAAGUCCCUCAAUCGCAGCUCUUUCUCUUGUUGCCCCUACGAAUAUCGCCAAAAUCUAGACAUCAUGCCCGUUUUCGUGACCUACGAUGGCCCAAAGCUGGGCAAUAAGCAGAAGAAGCCUGUCAGGACCCAGGUCAUGGUCUUGGUGCGCGGCCAGCAGAAGCAAGCUAAAUGUCAGGCCAAGUCUGCUCAUCUAUCCGAUGAAGCACCCCCUCCAAAAAACGGAGGCCGCAUGGUUGUAUCCGUACCCGAGGACGACGAUGAUAUGCAUGCCCAACACGCCCAGGUCACACUACAGGCAGCAACCGGGAGCUCCCAAUCCCAUCAACAGGCCGCCAAUAGCAGCCACAAGCGCGACAUGGCCAUUCAGCCUCGACAGCAACGCCUUACUUGCCUGAACCCCUGUGACCUUCGCGGCGCACCCCCGCAAUACACCCAUAUGACGGGCGUCGACGCCCGCACCUUCCAAGAUUACUUGUGCCGGUGCGGGUCAUAUUCGUCCUACCUCGACGAGGCAUUCAUCCUCAUCGGGUUCAAACAACAGAACUACUUUCGCCCAGACUUGUCCAAGGCGGCGUGCAUCUACAUUGGCUGGCUGCUGACGGCGGGUGCCGUGAGGACGUUGCAGAGUUUCAUUGAUGGGGCCGGCCAUAGGGAGCUGCACGAGGUUGUGUAUUCCGUGGUCAUCUUGGCCAUGUUUGAGAUGUUCCGGUUCAGUCCCCGCGCGGUCACCCAUCUCUCCGCCGUCGAGAGUUUUCUCAAGACCCGUGGGGGACUGCACAAGAUGCCGGAUGUCAUGCAGCACCUCGUCAUCAUGGGCGACACCCUCCAAUGCCUGUGUCUCGGUACACCCCCAGCAUUCAACACCCUCGGCUUGGGCCCCAUCAUGCGACUGAUAACCGCCGACGGCUUCCUGGCGGGUGACCAACUCCGGUCUUGCCCCCUCCUUCUCUGCGACAACGAGGACUUGUCGCUCGCCGCGCAUUACGUCAAUCCGGCUAUCCGCUUCCCCCUAGUUGGCGUCCUUCAAGCUGCAAGCGAUUUGUUCCGGCAGUUCUUCCACUCGGGCGGGCAAGGCAGAGUCGGGAAAGAGGAUGGUCCAGCUAUGGACAUGGAUUUGGACGCCGUAGCGGGCGGCCCAUCUGUUGCCAACAGCGUGCCGCGUCGCUUGUUGCAAACAUGUGCUCUGACUGCCAGGAUCAUGCGCAGAACGCUGUCAGGACAUUUUGAUGGGUUUGAUGACUCUCGAAAUGAGUCGGAUGUUCUGGGUGUCUACGAUAACGCUCGGUUUAUCGGUUUGAAGGCGUGGGCCGGGUUGCCGUAUGUUUACGUUUGGGUAAAUCUCAUCGGGUUUGCUGCCACGACCGAUGGACGGAUGAGGUCCUAUUUUGUUGCCGAGGUUGUCCGGUGCGCCUUCAGCUACGGGUGCUACCAGAUGGAAGUCUUUCAGGCUGCGGUCGGAAAUUUCCUCCAUCUCCGUGGCGCUCUUCUCUCGCAGCUCGCAAAACGGCUCUUGAUGAAGCUCUCGGCGCUUUGCCUCGCCGGCUUCGCGGCUGGCACGUUCGGCAAGUGCAUCACCAAGCCCUGCACAGGGCAGUGUGUUGCUGCUGUCGCGGAGGUCGGCGAGGCCUUUUGCUCGUCCUACUUGUCCCUCGAACCUGCUACAGCAACCGUGACGGAGACGGCAACUGUCACAUCGUUCCAGACAAACAUCGAGACCAGUUACGACGUCGUCACACUGACAACCCUGACCACAACCAUCACCGGCCCUGCCACAACUAUCUACGCCAAGCGCGAGGAACCCUCGGCGGAUCCGGCCUCCCACAUGCUCCCCCGGUGUGGCAAUGCGGCGUCGAGGGUCAGCAGCGCCUGCAGCUGCAUCUUGUCCACGCCGUCGAUCGUGACGCUCGUAGAGACGGUCACGGCCACCGAGGCUACCGAGGCGACGGCCACCACCACCGCGACCAUCACCAGCGGCGCGACAGCCACCGAAUACGCCACCCCAACUGUGACGGUAUCGCAGCCCAUCGUCAACGGAAACUUUGAGGGCUAUCUUACGACACGCAACAUCCUCCCGUGGACGACCAGCGGCACCGGCGGUAGGAUUGAGGCCGUCAACGGCGUCAACCCCUGCUCUGCCGGCGCCGCGUACUGCGCGGGCGGCCAGGUCGUCGUCCGCACCUACCCGCCCACCACCGGCAGCGGCUACGUAUCGCUGCAGGAGUCCUUCAUCGCCAAGGCAUCCUCGACGUACAGUCUCUCUUUCAUGUACCGCUGCCUGAACUACGACGCGAGCACACGCAUCGACGUGUACUUCGCGGGGGCCAGGAUCGGCACUACCAACGCGUGUGUCCCCGGCGCCGCCUUCUCCCGGGUCACCUCGGGCAUGCAGUUCACGACGGACGAGACGGGUGCCGGUUUGCUGGAAAUCCGCUUCGUCAACCCAAGCAACUUGCCGUACCUGUACUUUUACGCAGAUGAUUUCCAAGCCAAGAGGGUCCAAUGAUGUAUUUACACCUUUUUGGCACGGCUUAAGGUCCGGGAGCGCUAUCACUGUUGUUU